AUGGGGAACAACAGCAGCUCCACAGUGGAUGAUCUACAGGCUGUUGAGAUCCACCACUGGUACAAAAAGUUCAUGACAGAGUGUCCUUCUGGACAGCUGACGGAGUAUGAAUUUAAACAGUUCUUUGGGCUUCGAGGGCUGGAUCCAGAGGCCAAUGAGUAUAUUGAGCAGAUGUUCCGCACGUUUGAUAUGAACAAGGAUGGAUAUAUUGACUUCAUGGAAUAUGUGGCUGCCCUCAGCCUCGUUCUCCGUGGGAAGAUGGAGCAGAAAUUGCGGUGGUAUUUCAAGCUCUAUGAUGUAGAUGGCAACGGCUGCAUUGAUCAACAUGAAUUGCUCAACAUCAUUAAGGCUAUUCGAGCUAUUAAUGGUGGUGACCAUGAAACUACGGCAGAAGAGUUCACCAACCGAGUCUUCAACAAAAUUGAUGUGAAUGGAGAUGGUGAACUUUCUCUGGAUGAAUUUGUGGAGGGAGCAAGGAAAGAUGAGGAGUUCAUGGAGGUUAUGAUGAAAAGUUUGGACCUGUCACACAUUGUGGCCAUGAUCAACAACCGUCGGCGUAGUGUAUAA